GUAUCGGACUAUCGGUCAUCUGCAAGUUGCUGCUGUUGAUAAAAAUUUAAAAACCGUGAACGUAAAUAAUUUUGAAUCUUCGAGCUUCGAGCAACGUUCGAACAACGUUUUACGUUAUUUUUGUUGUCGGUUGUUUUAUUUGGUCGUCUGCAUACGAUCAACCACAGUUACCCGUUUAAAUAUUACGCGUUUUCAACCCAUCGUUGGUUUACGACUUACGAAGAAAAACGUUCACAUUGAAUGUUUUGUAUUGCGAUUUGAAGAAAAAUGAAAUUGAAUAUUCAUCCGAUCAAUUAAGUUGCUCAAAUAUUUAGAUCAAUAACAAAACGAAAACAAUAAUAAUAAAAAUUGAAAAUAUGGCCACUUCUGAUCUAGAAUAUCUACUGUUGCAAGGGCAAAAACUUUGCAAGGAUACCGAUACAUUUAAGCCAGUAUCCAAAAUACAUAAAUCAUUACGUCAACUAUGCCGAAAUGCUGACCAUGCUCCGAAACAAUCAAAUAGAGGGAAUGAUGAACAAUGUGCAAAAGAAUUUCUAGCAAAUCGUGGUUUAGAUCUUUGUGGCUAUUCUAAUGUUCUUAAAAAAUUAUGUGCAUAUCGAGACAAUGCUAUCACACCGUGUGAUUCUAAACCAGUAAUGGACUAUUCCAGUAGUGUAGAAUCCUUAAUGGGAAGACACAUUGAAGACUACAUCAAUAAUUUAGAAGCAAAUGAUAACAAAGAUGCUGAUAACUAUUUACAAGAUCUUCCAAUGAGCUGGAAAAACAUUAAAAAAGGUAUUGUUUACAAUGAAUUUGCUUCGGAUUCAUAUGAUGUAUCAUUUUGUCUCCAGAACUUAUUAACUACCAAAAAUACAUAUUUCACAUUUGAUCCUAGUCUCAAUAAUCCUAAUGAUUCAGCUUCUAAUUUUCCUUUUGUCAACGAUGUUCAAACCUACAUUAAGGCAAAAGAAUUUGGCGAAACGAACAAAGAAUUAAUUGAAUAUUUCUUGGAAACCAUACAUAGGAAUAAUGCCAAUAAUGCAACAGUAGCUCAUAUUUGGAAUGUAGUUAAGUACAUGUACAAUUUAAUUCCACAAAAAUCGCCUUAUGGAUCAUUUAAUGAACGUUUUUCUGAAGAAAAUCAAACAAAACUUGUCAAAAAUGCCAAGAGCUAUCUAGAAGAUAAAUACCAAGCUUUUCUCAUAAAAGAAACAAGACAUUUAAAUGUUGUAAAUGAUGGUAAUUACAUGGCGGCUAUUAUAAGUUCUUAUGUGUUUAUGAAUACCGGCAGACCGGCAACACAACAAAAUGAUUUUCAUGUUGACGAACAAUCAAUUUGGCCAUUGCUUUACUUCAGUUUAAGAUGUGGAAGAAUGGAUGUUGCUAGUUAUUUCAUUAAAAAAUCUGGUUUAGCAUUAGAUGAUUUACUAAAUGUAUUUAUUCACUUGAAAGAAGCAAAUUUUACUGAACGUGUUUCUUCCAAUAUUGGUGUUACACUAAAUAAAUAUUACAGAACUCUUCCAGCGUAUGAUAAUGCAUUCAGGAAAACAAUAUUCUCUUUGUUGGGUAUGGUGGAAGCCAACAUGGAGAAAAAAGCUGUGUCCAAGACAAUUGAAGACAAGCUGUGGAUGUUGUUAGUUGAACAUUUUGCAAGCAAGUACAUGGAAGAUUCGAACGGAUUAGAUUAUUGUUCGUUACAAAGAUAUAUUUUAGACAAUGGUAAACCUUACAAGGAACAGCCUCAUGUAUACUUUGAGCUCCUGUUUUUGAUUGGACAAUUUGAAAGCGCUAUAGACUUUUUAUACCGCAGUGUCGAGUUUUCCAACCAUGCGGUGCAUAUAGCUAUCGCAUUAAACGAAAAACAUUUAUUAGCCACUCCUGAAUAUUUGCAAGCCCCGUUUUUGUCUAAUGAGAAUGUUGAUGUAAAGUUUGUGCGUCUGAAUUAUACAAGAUUGAUUUUAUUAUUUUGCAACGAGUUUAAAUCAAACCAUCCUCACUAUGCUACAUAUUAUUAUUAUUUCUUAAGAAAUGUAAAAAGUCCAACUCUAACUGAAAACUUGUUUCACAAGUGCGUUGCAGAUCUUGCUACAUCUUUUGAUGGGAACAUGUGUGAUUGGAUGUUUGGGUGCUUAGAUGAUAUGAAAGAUAACAGUAUUUUACAUAAUAUCUUCGAUAUUGACACUAUUAAACCUAUAAUAGAUAAAACACUAGAAUUAACAUUUGAGAAAAAUAAACCUGAAGUUGCUUUUAAACUUUAUAGUUUGGCAUCGGAUAAGGCUGCAUAUGGUAUUAUGAAUAAUAUACUGAGUUUUGCUAUUUAUAAUUAUUAUGAUGUUUUUGGUCGGUCUAUGAUUGAUGACAAGUGUAAUAUAGUCAAUAAAAACUUUUAUGACCGCAUUUACUCUUAUUUGGAAGAGUUGAAUAAUAAAAAAUUAUGUACAUUGGAACCAAUUGGUCCCAUAUCAACAUUUAAUGUCUUACGUAACAUGUAUUUAUUUUUCUAUUAUUCUUCUAAACAUGAAUUUCUUUCAGCCAUCGAAAAGGCCAAUGAUACAGGUCUAAUACCGUUAAACAACGAAGAUGCAAAACAAUGUUUAAAUAAUUGCGUCAAUCAUGGUGAAAUUAUACAGAGAAAUAUAAAUAAUUUUAUUAAGUCAUUAGUUAGUGUAUUAUGCAAAGAACAUUCUAAAAUUUUAAAAUAUCAAAAUACCUCUAUGGAAGAAGAUUCAUUAAUUGAAGAAGAAAACAGUGAUGUUUUUGAUCAAACCAAAGAGAUUGGAUGGACAAAAUGGAAACUUCAGAAAACCAUUAGAGUUAUAUAUUUAUUCGCUGCAAAAUUACCUGUACACAUUGCUCUUGAUGCGGUUGAAUAUAUUUCAAAUAAUGCAUUAAACAUGCAACUUGGCUGAAAACUAUAAAAAAUUGUAAUUAGAUGAUAAAAUAUAUUUUUACUUGAUUAGAGUUUUUAUAACAAUAUGUAAACUGAAAUAUUUUUUUAUCAGCUUAAAUUUUUAUAGUAUAUGUCAUGUUCAUUAUUUAUUAAGGAUAACAAUUGUAUUAUAAUGGUUUAUUUCUGAAUUUCUUACAUUGUUGAUAAUCUCUUUAAUAUUUAUUGAAACCAUAUUAAAAAAAAAGUUAUUAUAGUUAUUUUUGAUUAUAAUAGUGAACAAUUUUGUUUUAAUUUGGAUAAUGAUAUAACCAAUAUAAGUACCUAUUUUAAAAGAUUGUAAUGUGAAUUUUGUUAAGAUUUUCUUUUUAUAGUAAAUAUGUUCAAAGCUAUUAGAACAGAUAUAUUUGGUUUGUUACAACUUUAAAGACCUUGGAAUAAACAAUUUAUUAAACUGUGUUGUAAAUAUCAGAACUAUAAAAUAUAAUAAUUUUUCAUGAAUAAAACUUUCUCACAUGCCUA